AUGGGUCUGAUUUCUAACAGAGUGGAGAGACAUGAGAUCAAGCCUGGCGACCACAUCUACACUUACAGAGCUGUUUUCACUUAUUCUCAUCAUGGCAUUUUUGUUGGGGGAAGCAAGGUUGUACAUUUCAGACCUGAAAGAAACUUAAAGUCAAUCGCAGAGACAUCAUCAAACUUGGAUGAUCCAGCAUCAAACCCAUGUCCAACCUUUCCUGACUGUGGAUUCAGACAGCCAAACAGUGGCGUAGUUCUUUCUUGCUUGGACUGCUUCCUUCGAAAUGGCUCUCUUUACUGUUUUGAAUAUGAAGUUUCACCAUCUGUUUUCCUCACCAAGAUAAGGGGUGGCACAUGCACUACUGCAUCAUCUGACCCACCUGAGACUGUUAUCCAUCGAGCAAUGUAUCUUCUUCAAAACGGCUUUGGUAAUUAUGAUGUUUUUCAGAACAAUUGUGAGGACUUUGCCCUGUACUGCAAAACAGGUCUUUUGAUACAAGACAAACAAGGGGUUGGAAGAAGUGGUCAAGCUUCUUCUAUUAUUGGUGCCCCAUUGGCUGCAAUGAUUUCUUCUCCCCUCAAGUUGUUAAUGCCAAGUCCUGUUGGUGUUGCUACUGUAACAGCAGGAAUGUACUGCAUGAGCAGAUAUGCAACUGACAUUGGUGUCAGAAGUGAUGUGAUUAAAGUUCCAGUCGAAGAUUUGGCUGUGAAUCUUGGAUGGAAUUGUCCCGAGGAGGAGGCUGCUGAACAUGAAACUUCAGACAGACAGAUUACUGCCAGAUGA